AUGCGAACGACGCUCUCUUUAUGGGUCCCGCUACUGCUCGUAAUGAGCUGCGCUUGCGGAGAGGAAAAAAAUCGCCGCCACACGAAUAAUUGGGCGGUAGACACUUCUCGCUUCUGGAGUAACUACCGACACAUCGCCAAUGCAUUAUCUCUGUACCAUUCUGUUAAACGUCAUGGGAUCCCAGAUAGUCAGAUCAUUUUGAUGCUGGCGGACCAAAUGCCGUGCAAUUCCCGAAACUGCUUUCCAGGACAAGUAUUUAAUAGUCGAACGCAAAAACUCAAUCUCUAUGGAAAAAACGUCGAGGUAGACUAUCGCGGCUCCGAGGUUUCGGUGGCCAACUUUAUCACAGUUUUGACGGGUCGUCAUGAGCUUGGGACGCCCGCAUCAAAGAAACUGGAUACGGAUGAGAAUAGUAACAUUUUUCUAUAUAUGUCUGGUCACGGCGGCGAUGGGUUCUUGAAAUUUCAGGAUUUUGAAGAAAUGUCAAGUCAGGAUCUUGCCGACUCUAUUCAAGAGAUGCACGUAAAGAAGCGCUACAAUGAAAUUUUUUUUAUGGUCGACACCUGCCAAGCAGAAUCGCUGUCCAAUGCGAUCAAAUCCCCAAAGGUGGUAACAAUUGGUAGUUCAAAGACGGGUGAGAACUCAUACGCCCACCACUCCGAUUUCGAGCUGGGUCUUUCCGUCAUUGAUCGUUUUACAUUUUCGACACUCGACUAUCUGCAGCGCAUGAAGGUUGGCAGUUCCAUCCGCAACGAAACCCUUCGAGACCUUUUUAGCUUUUAUGAUCCAAAGAUGCUUUACUCUACGCCUGAAUAUCGAGCCGACAUUUUAGGCCGCUCUAUCGCUGAGGUGCCCAUUACGGACUUUCUCGGCUCGAUACUUGACGUGUACCUGCACUUCGACGAGGAAGCCUAUCCGAUCAAGCCCACACUUGUCAGUUCUACUACUAUUGACGCAAAGGCCAACGUCGCGGUAAAAACCGAUGAUGCUUAUCUUGAACCCGACAAAUGCGUCGGAUUUUAA